AGGCCGUAUAGUUACCGAAUUGUACAGUUGUCCUCCAGGUUGAGCGGGAAAAUCGACUUCGUUUCGUUUUCAACCCGUGGUCGUAGGUAUACGAUAACCAACCAAUAUUGAGGUAAGUACAACGUUUACAAGGGAUUGAAAGCUGUUUCAGAAAAGUGAAAGUGUUAAGGUGAAUCAUUAAAGUAGGAAAUACUGUGGGAAACUAAUUAAUCCCUGGGCUAACAACGUUCAUUUGCAAUGUAUAAUAAUACCAAUAUACUUCGUACUAUCAUGAUGUCCACUUAUCCAGCCUGAAGUAAGGUAUAAUUUUCACUGCACAGGAAAUGUUUGUCAUUGUUGGUCUAAACGCUUGCCUCACUAGACGGUAACUCUUGGUCGAAAUGAGAAAUAUCACUGCGGAACCUUUUCCAGCAUAAAGGAAGCGAGGUCAAAUUAAUUAAUGUGGUUUGAUGCAACUUAAAAUUUAUUGGACAUAGGGAGGUGCCCGCAAAUAACAAAAGUUGUGCUACUGUGUGUGUUGUGGUGAAAAAAAACUCGUGUAGAUAAACGUUAGUCAGUGUUUUUCUCUUUUUCUCUGUGGAGUCGAACACCUGAACCAGAAGACUCAGCAACUGCAAGAUAUCUGUCAAUCAUGCAGUUGAACCAGAGUGAAGUUAUAACUAUUCAAGCAGGAUCUUUGGCUAACCAAGUUUGCACUCACUUUUGGAACAUACAAGAAUACGGCUUCACUAACAAGCCAACCACUGCUGAAUGUGAGUUUCCCUUUACAUAUCAAGUUCUGUUUGAUGACAGUAUCCGCAAAUUAAAACCACGUGCAUUGGCUGUUGAUGUGCGUGAAACUGUUGACUUUGGAACAAAGCUUAAUUCACAAUUAAUUCCAACCUUUUGUGAUAUUCCACUCUGGAAUAGUCAAGUGGACCAAGUUAUACGUUCGACACCUCAGUCAAACGGAAAUAAACAUCUUUGUUCUAAUUGGACUAACUGUUUGUCGCCUUCUGCACACCGGACGUGGUGUCAUGAUGAUAUUCUUUACAAACUGCCAGUCUCAUUACAACCUAUUCCUACUGAGUUCACUGAUGAUAAGACUGAUCAACCGAAUUCUAUAGUCAGUCUUUCUACAUUCACUGAAGGUCAAGAUGUGUAUCGUUCUGGAAAUCAUGUAGCUGAGGAAUGUGAUGAUCGUAUUCGUCGCUUGGCAGAAAGUUGUUCAUUUGUGAAUAGCUUUCAGGUAGUGGUAGAUGCUGAAGACGGCUUCAGUGGUGUUGGCACUCGACUUUUAGAAAAUAUUGUUGAAGAAUUUCCUAAAGCCUUUAUUUUCUCAGUCCCUCUGUAUCAUUCAUCAGCUUUAUCACAUAUGUCUACACGUUUACAAAAGAUAGCAAUUGUCAAUCAGCUGUGCCUUAUUAACAACUUAGAGUCUGGAGAUUUUAUUAGCCAUGGAUGUUGGUUACCUAUGGAUGUGUCAGAGCUGUAUGGUGAUCAUCGUCAUGUUUGUCAAAAAAUGAGUGUUCUAGCUUCUGUUCUCGAUACAGUGACAACACCCACCAAAUUGGCGUAUAAAUUUGGUGGUCUAAACAUGAACAACCUAUGGUCAGUGACAAGUUUUGCACAGGGGAGAAAUAUGCUUACUGCACAAGCGGGUAUUUGUUGUCACGAGAAGGCAGAUGAUCAACUCGCCUGGUACAACUUUAAUCCUUAUUAUAAUCAAGGGAAAAGAAUCGUUGGUGAAACUGUCUUACCUCAACCAGUACUAUGGCGUCAGUUAAUGUCUAGAGGUGUUACAGAUUCUAAACUAAUGGAUAAUUUAUGGAAGAUGUGUAAUGUUGUAACAGACGAUACAACUAGAUCUGUUAAAAAUAAUAAUAAUAAUAAUAAUAAUAAUAAUAAUACUAAUAAUCAUGUUAAUAGUAAUAAUUCACUAGCAGCAGCUAAUCUACAUAUCCCAUCUUUGUAUACCUCAGGAUUAAGUCGUCUUGUAUACACCUUGCCUAAUUAUCCUUUGCAGACAACAUCCAGUCGAAUGAUGAAUCAAAUCAAUCCACCAUCAUCAUCAUCAUCAUCAGCGGGAGCAGCACCACCAAAUUGUCAACAAUAUCCAACUAUGCGUACCGCAUGCAUAGUCGAUGUGCCUAACACUAAUUCCUAUGAAGCGAAAGCAUUAGAAAAACUAGUGAAAUCAUUAAUACCGUAUAAAUCGCAUCCAGUGGACACACUUAUGGAAUUAGAAAUAUGGCAAGAGUUUUUAGAGUCAGCACAAACACGUCUAAUCGAUGCUUAUACAACUAAAUAAAAUGCAAACACACGGAUAAUACGCUUAUUACACACUUAUAAUAAUAUAGAGAGGACUUAUUUCUAUUUUUGUCUGUCCUAUAAACUGGCAUUUUUUCCCCUUUGUGGUAUAGAUUUUCAAUUGUAUAUAUAUCUAUAUUAUAAUUGAACUUAUCUAUGUGUUGUCUGAUAAUUGACGCUUCUUUCACAUUCAUGCCUGCUUAGAUGGUUUUUGAAGUAGGAAAAAAGUAACCAGUCUCCGCUGUUUUGUUCAGCUGUGUACAUAGAUUGGUAUUUCUUUCUUUCUCUUUAUUGUAAAUUGUCUCAUGCAUUUUCAGUUUCUAGACAAUAUCCAGAUCGAUUAAAGUUGGUCUCUAACGCAAAUUAUUCUCGCAUUUUGAAAUGAAUAAAUCUGUGACAGUUUUUUGUCUGCUUCCUCCUUCUUUUUUCUACGUGUUUAUAACACUUCCUUCCAGAUAAUGUGACGGUUAGGUAAGGGGGGGGAAUCAAUCGGCGAGGCUGUAAAGUUACAUCGAUUGAAUGAGAUGGUUAGGACAUAUGUUUCGUAUGCAUCUCUAGCCGUUGCCUUCCUCGACAAUGGGCAAUGUUAGCUGA